UAUUUUUAUUUUAGGGUUAAGUCGAGAAAACUGGUGACAAUAAUAAAAUUAGAAGAUGAGUAAUCAAUUAUUUGUUGUUUACUAAUACUACUAAUUCUCCCAAGUGUAUAGUAAGUACAUAUUCUUGAGCUAUCGAGUAUUCAAUCUCAGUUACCAAACGAAUUAAUUCAAAAUAUUUUGAUAAUCCGUGCUCUGCGACUGGCCUAAAAUCCACUCUGGUAUUUGAUCAAUAAAUACAUUUCUUGACAAUGUCACUAGUUUUUAAUGGUUGCUACUAAGUGCUGCUUAGUCAAGGCUUAAAUAUUUUUAUAAAAUAUGAAGCCAAAACGGCCUGUAAGCGUAUUUCGUUAUUUAAAUGACCAGCCUUAUUUGGGUGCCAACCGUGUAACUCUCUACAACAGUGUUAAAGGUAGCCUGGGUUUUGUGCAGCGAUUAGGCCUGCUGAAGGAAUUGCCCGUACAUCAUGGCUGUGUGAACUGCAUUUGCUGGAGUGACAAUGGUGAUCUGCUGCUUUCGGGCUCAGAUGAUCAGAGGCUCGUUAUUACCAAUGCUCACACUCUCAAGGGAGUAACAGAUUACAAGACUAGUCAUCGUGCCAAUAUAUUCAGCGCGAAAUUCCUACCAAACAGUGGAGACCACAACAUUGUCUCUUGCUCUGGAGAUGGCAUUAUAUUAUUCACAGAUCUCACACGGACGUCCGACAUUCACACCAACCAGUUCAACUGCCACACAGGCACGACGUACGACGUGACAACAGUGCCGGGCGAGCCGUACACCUUCCUGAGUUGUGGCGAGGACUCCACUGUGCGCUGCUUCGAUCUGCGCAUCAAGGAGAGCUGCUACCGGAUGGACUGUACCGAGGAUGUGCUGAUAUCGUGUCAACGAGCCGUGACUGCUCUGACUGUAAACGGCACCGCUCCGCAUGAGUUGGCCAUUGGUAGUUCUGAUAGCACUGUACGCAUCUUUGAUCGCCGAAAUCUCGGCACCAAAUCAUCAGGUAGUCUGCAUUCCAUCACACGUCAACAUUUUCACCAAUUAUUCGGUGGUAGAGUAUUCAUGAGUAGAGAAGUUUUGGGCUAGGCCGGUUGCUUUCGCUCAGACAUA